AUGCCGCCGCGCGCGCCGGGGCCGCCGGACGACGUCUUCCUCGUCCCCGUCGUCACCGAGUGCGGCACGUGCGCGUCCGUGGUCGCGUGCCAGUGGGACGGCGUCGACGGGAACUGGUUCUGCCGCGGGUGCUGGCUCGAGAUCGGAGGGCGCGGUCCCGAUCCCUCGUGGCCGGACGCGACCGUCGUGUGCACGCGCGAUCAGGCGCACGCCGCGGAGGCGACGCGCGCCUGGCGCGCGGGGUUGGACGACGACGACGCCGAGGCGUUGCCCGUCGGCUUCGACGUCGAGUGGAAGCCGAACUACGUCCGCGGCGAGCCCCCUAAUCGCGUCGCGCUGCUGCAGCUGCACGCGCGCGGUCUGAGCGUGCUGACGCGGCUCGUCGGCCACGCGACGCUGCACGCGGACAUCCUCGCGCUCAUGACGCACCCGAACGUCAUCCUCGUCGGCGUCGGCGUGAAGCAGGACGUGCGGAAGCUCGCGAGGGACUUCCCGGGCGGCGGCGGUGGCGACGCGGCGGCGACGACGACGACGACGAAGACGACGAAGACGACGACGACGGUGCGCGUCGCGGAGCUCGCGGACGUCGCGAGGCGGCUCGGGCACGAGGGCGGGUGCGGGCUCAAGGCGCUCGCGCUCGCAAACGACGUGUCGACGUCGCACAAGACGAAGCGGCUGACGAUGACGAACUGGGAGAAGCCGACGCUGAGCCCGCCGGAGGUGAGAUACGGGAGCCAAGACGCGAGCCUAGGCGUCGACGUCGCGGAAAAACUCAGGCGCAGCGCGGCACGCGCCGGAGGGGACGUCGCUCGCCGCGUUUCUCGGCGCGCACGGCGAGACGCUCGCGUGGGGCGGGUGACGAUUCGCGUCUCGAAGCGUCGUCGUGUCGAAUAGAUUUAUGAGCGGGCGUUCAGUAGUCGAGAUGUGUCUCUCUUUGAUAACAAGUGCAGAGGUAAGGUU